AGCCUGCAAAAAUCAAUCAAGGUAAUCGUAAUUUGAAUUUCCAGCUUCACAGCUAUUAUCCUGGUUCAAACUGCUUAUCAAGUCCAAGAGAUCAAGAAAGAUGUCGCAGGUCACCGCCUCAGGGCGGACGGCGAAGGACAAUUUGAAUACGUCUAUUUCCAACACCUAUUACGCCACAGAUCUUCACCAGCAGAGUCACUACAAUGCAAAUUCGAUUCGUAGUGGCGGACCCCUGGAACAGCACUGGUACGAAUCCAGAUCCGCAUUUGGAUGCGGUAAACUCCCAGGUCCUCAUGGGAAUCCGCAUUUAGUGCGCCCUAAACCUGCACCAGUUCCGAAACCGCCAAGCAAUCCGGAGAGGGAUAGUCAGGCGUAUCUGAAGGGGCUGUACGAUUUCAAGGUAUUGAUUGUUAAGGGUAGGUUAAAGGUGCUUUUCUUACCGCUUUUCAUGCCUCUCCUAAGGGAGAAAGGCAUAACAAGCGGGGAAAGCGAGCACCAAAAACCUACCUCUAAGAUUGUUCUUAAUGUUUUGACGAGUUGUGAAGUUGAAGUGCCUUUUCACGUAAACGUAGUCGUAGAAUUUCCGUCAGUCGUAGAAUGUUCAUGGCCUCGUCCACAAUUUCCGUCACCAAUCACAGUCAUCAAAAUCCAUCUCCCACCACCUCACGCAGAUGAACGAAUGGCAAGAGAAGACAGCUGCCGCUGAGCCGCGUUGUAGUGCUAUGUGGAGUGGGGCUAGCGUCUAUCCUGGUCCACGCGGCAACCCAGGGGCCUAUGAGCCUUAUCCUCCGGGGACAGUAGUCUCAAAUCCGCGUCCCACGGCGGAUGGAAAUCUCUUAUGGCAUCAAGAAAUCAUCUUAUAACUCGUGAACAUACAAACAUACAAUCCAAUAGAAACUCCAAAAAAACAACCGGUUACAGUUUUCACGUCUAAAAAUCUAAGCUUAUCCCGUGCAACAAUAGAGACGACAUUGACUACAACAUCCUGGAAAGCUUAGUCUUUUGAUAAAGACGAAGACCACACCCAAAGAAAGAGGUCGACCAACAGGAUGUAUAUGUUUCAAGUUUCAUUUGGAUCUACUAAGUAGUGUUAAAAAGGAUCUCUAAUACCCUCAGUCUUGUACCGUAAUCAGCAACGGGUUUACGAAUCCUUGGCCAUGGAUAAGCAAAGACAGACGGAUCGCGCAAUGACAGGCCGAAUCUUCAACCAGGCUUUUCAGGAAAGGAUAGCACCGCAUGAGCGUGACGGAACACGGGAGUUUUAUGGAGGGUUGCGAUGA